AUGUCGUCCUCCCAGUUUUCUCUGCUCAAUUUGCUCUCGUCCACACUAGACUCGCAAUGGUCAGAAGCGAACGAAUCACUCAUAUUGGAACCCUUUACCUAUAUUUCCUCCAAUCCUGGCAAGGGCAUCCGUACACUACUCCUCGAGGCUUUCAACAUGUGGCUUGCAGUACCGGGCGACCAGCUCAAGAUAAUAGACCGUGUCGUUCAAAUGCUGCAUAAUGCAAGUUUGAUGAUCGAUGACAUAGAGGAUGACGCGCAGCUGCGAAGGGGACGGCCUGUGGCACAUAGGAUAUACGGCGUCCCGCAAACUAUUAACACAGCUAACUAUGUGUAUUUCUUGGCCUAUAAGGAGCUCGCGAAGCUGAGAAGACAGUGUGAAGAUGGGGAUGCGGUGAGGGUGGGAGGCGCUAGGGAUUUGGAUUUAAUAGCCACGGAAGAGCUUUUGAACUUACACCGUGGGCAGGGGAUGGAGAUCAUGUGGCGAGAUUUAUUGCAAUGCCCAACGAUGGAAGAGUAUACUUAUAUGGUCAACAAUAAGACUGGCGGUGGUUUUAGGAUGCCUGUCAGGCUGAUGAUGGCGCUCGCAACGAAGAACCUUGAGGUCGAUUUUAUCCCUUUGGUGAACAUUAUUGGGGUGUACUUCCAGAUUCGGGAUGACUACAUGAACUUGCAAAGUACAGAGUACAAUGACAAUAAGGGUUUUGCAGAAGAUCUCACAGAAGGCAAAUUCUCCUUUCCAAUUGUUCACGGAGUCCGUGCGGAUGAUCAAAGUAAAGUUGUGACGAGUGUGCUGCAAAAACGUCCUACCACACCGACUCUGAAGCACCACGCCAUCGACUAUCUGCGGACGAAGACAAAGUCAUUUGAUUACACGCUUAUGGUCAUGCAAAGCUUGGAGCAGCAGGCCCGAGACGAGAUUGCACGCCUUGGCGGGAAUCCCAAGCUCGAGAUGAUGCUCGAUGUCCUUCAUGUGUAGACAUGAUUUGCGUGGAAUAGAGAUCAAAGCCUUCAACUCAAGUCAAAAACAAAACUUGGACUUGUAAAUACUGACUACGUCUUUGAAGAAGUGGAAUUUUGUAGUUACCCAGCUAGUCACGAAUCUGAAUGGUGUUUCCGAAUGUAUCGCAGUUCGUACAUAUCAUGUUUUUGCUUUAUUGACC